AUGUCUGUUGUCGAACGCGCUAGAACAGGCGCAACUGCUGUCGCUGAAGCACCGGACAGGAACUCCGACAGAAAAACCACCAGAGACAGCAGUGGCAAACGAAAAGCCCAGCCCAGCGCCCAGGCGACAGCAGGCAGGAUUACCAAGAGGAAAAAGCAAACCAAAAAGGAUCCUCCUAUCGGCUCGGCUCGUGAUUUCCCAUGCCGUCCAUGCGUUACUCGCGCAACCAAAGCUCCUGGCCACGAAUGUGCCUCUCAGAAUAAUACUGGUGCAGCUUGCUGGGAUUGCGCAAGAAAUGGCCAUACUUGUAGGCCGGUCCCUGCCGGCGCUGUUGCUGCCGUACGCACUUUUUGGCGGCUCAAUCGUCAGAUCAAAGAUACCAAUGGUGACCCUGACGAUGCUUGGCAAGCUGCCGCGCAAAACGCAGCGCAGCAAUUACGUGCAUUUGGUGUCGCUGCUGCCUCCGGUGCAGUACCCGCUCUGGCUUUGGCUUCCCACGGAGAGGCAGCUGAGAAGACUUGUGAGGAGCGAAAGCUUCUGGCGUUGGAGACAAUUGCAGAGGCUGCUCGGCUGUGGAUUCGGCUCAAUAAACCCGAGGAUUCCGAAGAUGAGGAGGGAGGAGAUGAUGACAAUUGA